CCCCCAACCGGAAACACAACGUUUCGAUCCCGAAAGAGCGGUGCACGUGGAAAAACACCGGGGACCCGAGUUGAUGAAUGAAUUAAAUUCAGAUGGAUUAUUGGAAUCAUAUUCAUCUCUAAAUUGGAUAUAAUAAGCGCUCUACUGAGCCUACCAUGCUGAGGUGGUGAGACUGGGUGGUCACAGUGAUAUGGUAAUGUAAAGUGAAUGACGCAGGACACUGACAGUACUGGCAACAACAACAAACAGCAGUGGUUUGCCUGUGAUGAGUGGCGACGGCACUGGUUUGGGGGCCCCUGGCCCGCUAGCAGGUUAUUGGGAAAAAAUCCAGGAACGCUCAGCUUUGUUGGAGACCUGUCCAUGGUGUGCUGCUAAAGGACAGUCUCUGGCCCUGCGCUCCUACAGGAUCAACUCCCAGGAGUUCAUCACUCUCUGCACUGACCCACAGUGCCUGUUUCCCUUGGUCUCUCGUCCUUUGGAGGAUGUCCUGGCCAGCCUCGUACCCCCUCUACACCAAACUCAGACAGGGAGCAAGAGGAAGAGACCCUGCGGGUUGGAAAACGGAGACCCUGUACCUUCCCCCAAACAUGCACGAUCGGUGGAGUCCGAAGUGGCCGAGGACGCCGUAUCACAGAGUGGAGCUCUAUCAGUCAGCGGCAUCACCAGCAAACUCAAUGGGGAAGAAGAGUGCUUUAAUGGGAAGAAGGAGAGAAUCCGCCAAUCAGAACACACCAACAUGGAUGUGGUGAAUAAAACCCUCAAACACACACUUCCUGAGACUGAAAGGGGAGGGGCCAACGCAUAUCACAAGGAUUCUGGUUGGUCGAUGCCAGAAGAAAUGGACCAGGAACUCCUAGAAGAGGAACAAGAUGGUGUCUGUCGCCCAGAGGACGGUACACCAACUUUAGACAAGGGUUUUCCUCUCCAAAAGAAGACGGCCACCUGUAAGACUGGUAAUGUUUCUGCUGUAGAGUCUACUGUAGAGUCUGAAGGUGCACAAAAGGAGGUUCUCUCUACUUUACAGGAGGCUGUAUUUGCCCGAGAAAAUACUUUCUCUGCCCCGCAAGUAGCCAUUUCUCUCCCAGAGAAGAUUUCACGUCCCUUACAUGUGGCCGUUUCUGCCUCAACGUCUGCCCCAGAGAAACCCUUGGCCAAGGCUGCCUUAGUGGAGGUUGUCCCUACCUUCGAGGACACAGUGUCUCUCUUAGAGGCUCUGACUGCCCCAGGGGAAGUUACACAAUCACGUCAGAAGGUUCACCCUCCCUUACAAAGGACUGUCAAGGUUGUGUCUGCGCCAGAGAAGGUUGUGUCUGCGCCAGAGAAGGUUGUGUCUGCGCCAGAGGAGGUUGUGUCUGCGCCAGAGAAGGUUGUGUCUGCGCCAGAGAAGGUUGUGUCUGCGCCAGAGAAGGUUGUGUCUGCGCCGGAGAAGGUUGUGUCUGCGCCAGAGAAGGUUGUGUCUGCGCCAGAGAAGCUUGUGUCUGCGCCAGAGAAGGUUGUGUCUGCGCCAGAGAAGGUUGUGUCUGCGCCAGAGAAGGUUGUGUCUGCGCCGGAGAAGGUUGUGUCUGCGCCGGAGAAGGUUGUGUCUGCGCCAGAGAAGGUUGUGUCUGCGCCAGAGAAGGUUGUGUCUGCGCCGGAGAAGGUUGUGUCUGCGCCGGAGAAGGUUGUGUCUGCGCCGGAGAAGGUUGUGUCUGCGCCAGAGAAGGUUGUGUCUGCGCCAGAGAAGGUUGCCAUGGUUCCACCUGCCAUGGAAGCUGUCCUGGUGUUGCAGGAUGCUCUGACUGUCUUAGAGAAUGCUUCACCUGGCAUAAAGGAGGGUCUCGCUGUCUUAAAGAAAGAUGAGGAAGAGGAGUGUUUAAUCGAGGAGAAAGACGUGGCUAUACUUGUGGCUUUGGAUGAUGUCCCUGCCUCAGAAGAGGUUGAGAAGGCUCUACCUGCCUUGGUGGAGGAUGUCCCUGCCUCAGAAGAGGUUGAAAACUCUCUACCUGCCUUGGUGGAGGCUGUCCCUGCUUUAGAGAAAGAUGAGGAGGAGGUGGCUACACCUGCCUUGAUGGAUAAUGAGUGCGGAGAGGAUGAUCUGUCUGUCUUUGACGAGGAAGAGUGCUCCCCAGAGGUGAUGUGUAGGCCCUGUAGUGUGGACCUCAGUCAGAGCAAAGUGCCUGUUGAAGUUCAUGAUGAUGAUGAUGGUCCUAUCAAAGCUAGAAGAAGAGCUCAGAACACCCGGCAACUAAUCAGUAGCGAGGACGAGAUGACCGGCGAAACCAUGGAAACAGAACGGGAAGGAAGCGUCACUGAGGAAGUGGAAGUCGUGCCAUCACCGCCAAAAAAGAAAAUGGGCCGGCCGAGAAAGACUUCUAUUAUUAAAUACACGCAGGUAGUGGUGCCCAACUUUGACCCGGAAGUGAUCUCAACUGAGGAGUUGGUUCCGGUUCCCGGGCCUCACCUAUUCUGGAGGAAUGAGCAUAGUCUGUGUUGGCUGGACACCUUGCUGGUAGCGCUGGUCCACCUUCACACCCUGAGGGACAGACGGCCCACCAAGAGGCCCACUGUAGGUCAACCUGUCUGGGACCUGUGUGAGAGUUACAACCGGGCCUGUGGUCUCAUCACAGCCUACCAACACACUGGCGCAGACGGUGUUGUCAGAGUGCCCUCUGCGGUGUUACAGAGGGUCCAAACUGAGAUGCAAGCCAUUAGGAUGUCCAUCUUUAGACUGCUGGAGCCCCUACUGAAAUGUAAACUGGGUCAGAAUGAGACACCUGUGUUUGCCCUGCCCCUCCUCCUCAGGGCUGACUCCUGGGCAGAACCUCUCUUCCAGCAAGCUUAUGAGUGGCAGUUUGAGUGUAUCUCAACAACUUGUCAACAUGCCACCAACACCAAAUGUAAGAAGACCCUCACCACUUUCACCAAGGUGCUUUCUGAUUGGCACCCUCUCAACGCAGCCCACCAAUCACGUUGCAGCAAGUGUAAUAAGAGGAAGCAGACCAGGAUGUUGGUGCUGGAGAGGGUGUCUCCUGUGUUUGUGCUGCACUUUGUAGAAGGUCUUCCUGACAACGACCUCUGCGUGUACUCCUUCACCUUCCAGCAGCAGGAAUACUCCGUCACCACAGUCAUACAGUAUGACCAGCAACUCAAGCACUUUGUCACCUGGAUACGCAGAACUGACGGAUCGUGGUUGGAGUUUGACGAUCUGAAGCACCCUAACUGUGUCUCCCACACCCAGCUGGUGGUCCCUCCUAGAGAAAUCCAUGUUGUCUUCUGGGAGUUGAAGACCGACAGACCGGACAACCCACAGACAUCCUGCUCUCCCCCUGUAUCCCUGACAAGCACUUUACUGAUACACAAAGAACUGCAGCAACCUCCCUUAGCCAAACUCUUUGUCAACAAUGAAUCUCAAGACAUCUCUCAGACGGUCUCUGAUGAUGCGGACACUGACAUGGACAGCACCAUAACUGCUGGCUAUAUUGAUAACGAUAUGGACGCAACGUUAACGAAUAACGUUAACUCUCCCAUCGCCAUCGGUUCCACCAGUGUGCUUCAUGGCGUACCGGUUCAAUCCUGUUACCACAACCUCUCUCUCCCCCUUCACAACGACACAGCCGUUGUCGAGGCACUGACUGUGUCUGACGAUACCGACAUCAUGGACGCCACGGUAACCACUGGUAAAGCUGGUAACUCGUCUAUCAGCACCACACUGCUUGACACCUUCGAGGGCCUCUCCCGCGAUGACGUUGUCACCCUGACGCUCGUAGAGGUCAAAGUUGGCUCUGAUGGGAGGCCGUUGGACGACAACAAUGUCUCCCUGGCUCCCGGGCAAAAUGGAGACCUCAGUCCUCCUCUACCUGCUCCUACACCUGAGGCUGAGAACCCUGCACCUGCCCACGAAAUGCCCCCUGAAACAGAUGUUGUCGUCAUCAAAAGGCCAUCGUCCCCUGAUACUGCCAGUGUGUUUCUCCUUGCCAGCAGUGACGGUCCUUCUGAGCCCGACUCUGAAAAGCCCACUCCUCCUAGUCCUCCCAGACUCAGAAGGGGCAGAAGCACCAGCAAUAAAGCCAAAAUGAUGGCAUCCAACACUCCAGUUGCACCAGCAGCUAAGGUGGUCGCAACAACACCACCAAGAACAGCUACACCAAUGGCACUUCCUGGAAAGUGUGGUGGAAUAAUCCUGCCCUCAGUUGUAUCUAUGAUGUCACUGUCAAAUGUGGAACCCAGCACCCCAGCACCAGAGGCCCCUACUCCUCCUUCUCCCCCGCCCCACUCCAAACCCACUACUACCUCCACCUCUCUGCAGAGCAAACCCGGCCUUCCACCACCCCCGGACCCCAACUCUCGCUGGUCCUACCUGCUUAGCCUCCACCCCACCUCCAUCCCCAAUCCCCCAAGACCAACCAGUCACUUCAAACACUCAACACCCAACCGGUUCCAGCAGCUUUCACAUAGCUGGCAGACCCCAAGCAUGGCUCCCCCCAACCCAGACGCCAGGUUGAAGAAGCCUCCGCCUCCGCCUCUACCCAAACCCAAACUAAGUAAGGUGGACAACGAGGCCCUGCCGGUGAAGGCUGCCGAGAUGUACGGAGGGUUCCAGGCCAGAAGCAGGAUCGUAAAUAUAAACAUGAACAGCCCCUCCAAGACUUCAUCUCCCACCCAGCUUCUCUCUCAAAUAACUGACCCUCAAAAUGGCGCCUGGAAGAUACCAAGUCAACCUCCCGCCCUCGUCUCACGAAAACCCCUUAUCAACCACACCACUUCAGCAGUGCCUAUUGUGACCUCACUUCCUCCCUCUCCAGGAGUCACGGAGAUCCCUAAAAUCUCUUCCUCCAGGAAACACAGCCCCGGCGGUCAGGUCAGUGAGACCGAUGCCCUCAGGUACAAGCUGCUGAAGAAGCUGAAAGCCAAGAAGAAGAAACUAGAGAAGCUGAAUCAGAUGCUGGGUUAUCAGGGGGGUGCGGGAGGACGGGGGGAAGUAACCUGCACACCAGACAUCACUGAUCGGAGUCCCUCCCACACCGUGAGCUCUAGUACCUCUGUCUACGACAGCCCCGCAUACGACCAGUUCUUUGCUGACCUUCUGUCGCCGGCGACGACCGCCAGCAACCUAUCGCCGGACAGCACGGGCUUGCUGGAGAUGCUGACCACCAAUGGGCAAGAAGGGGGCGGGGACUUGGCGUGUGGGGGGAAUGGUAUUAGUGGAGCCUCACAGGUGGUGACACCUGUGAUCUUGCAUCCGGCCAAUCACGGCGUAGUAGUGCCACAGCCUGGUCUAGCCGAGCCAAUCACGGCCUCUGGUGAGAACUUCCUGGAAGAGUUCAUAUCAGGGUCGGCCAAUCAGCAGACGGAGAUGGAGACAGAUACCCUUAGUGCUCUCGACCUGUUCUUUUAGGCACGUUAACUACAGGUCUAGGAUCUGCUAACAACUCUUACCCAACCCCUAAGCUUAAACUUUGGUUGGAAAUGCAAAGCUUACCUCAGAUCAGAGUCUACGUCUCAAAUGGCAUGCUAAUCCCUAUAUAGAGCCUCUGGUCAAAAGUAGCACCAUAGAGAUCCUAUUAAAUUAAACUACUCUAAUUCCUAAUUAUAUGAGUAGUGCACUAUAAAGGGAGUAGUGUGCCAUUUUGGAUGCAUGCAGACAGUUUCUAGCAGAAACUGCAUGCUACUAUUCCUUUCAGUCGGGAGAGUGAGUGAGUGAGUGAGUGAGUGAGUGAGUGAGUGUGCUUGGCAUCAAUGGGUCGUUCUGUUCUGGGUAGCAUGUGUUACAUGAAGCGGAAUCAAACUGCCAUUUUAAAGAGAGAGUUCACCUAAAUUACAAAGUGACAUAUUGGUUUUAUUACCCUGGAAGCAGUCAAUGGACAAGGUACGAUGGCGAUCCAUGCUUUGGUUUAGUUUCCCUGCCACUGUUUCCACGGUUUCCACGUUUUAGCGUUUGUGGCACAAAUCCCAUUCAAGUCAUGGGUCCGAUGUAUUAUUUUCUACACAUCCUGUUCAAAUCAUAUUUAAGUGACUUUGGUUAGAUUCACAAUUAAUUUUAGAUCAUUUUAGAUGGUUAGGACAGGAUGCAUGAAAAAUGCUAAUAUCGGUCCCUUGGAUGGGAUUUCUGAUACAAAUACUAAAACGUUAGCAUAUGGAAACAAUGCCAGGGAAACUUAACCAAAGCACGGAUUGCUGUCAUCCAUAGACCUGCUUACAGGGUAAGGAAACCAAUGCAUAAUUUUGUCAUUUGGGUGAACUAUCCCUGUAACUCUGGUAAGCACUCGCAUAUCGCUCAUGUAUUUUUGUUGUGGUUUUACCAAGAAUGUUGAAGUUGAACAUGGAGUAAUGUUAAUACUCACUGAGGUUUUGUCCUCAAUGGCACCCUAUUCCCUACAUAGUGUCCUGCUUUUGACUAGGGUCUAUAGGGAUCUGAUCAAAAGUAGUGUACUUUUUUUUUUUUUAAAGGGAAUAAGGUACCAUUUGUGAUGGAACCAUUGUACUUACAGGUUCUGAGGCUUUAAGGGAGAUUAAAAAUGGAGGUUGUUUCAGAGUAUUCUGGAAAGUUAAUAGACCCAAUUAUUUGAUCCUGCUUUGUGGAAAAAAACUGCUGAAGACAACAUAUGCUGUUUUUUGUUGGCUUUUUUUUAUUUGAGUUUGUCUGAAUUACUUGAAAACUAGGAUAAAAAGCCUGACAUCUAGGAUAAAAAUAUGUUUGUGUUUUAAAGGGUGGUUCGAACUGUUAUCUUUUGAAUGUAUUUUCUGUAAUACAAAACUGUGACAGAGUUCUAAAAUGUUGUACUGAAUCAGAUACUGUAUGUAAUUCUAAUAAAAUAUUCUUUACAUGGAUA